UAAAAACAACUCCAAGUGAAAAAACAAUCUAAAACAAAGAAAAUCUAAUUAAAUUAUAAAAUUUAACUUAAAGAAGCGAAAAAUUAACGACAAAAACAACAAACCAAAAGAAAAAACACAGAAAUACGAAAACCAGCAUUAAUUACCAUAUUAACAGUAAAUUGAAAAUAAAUUUAAAUAAUAAUACAAAAAAAAAAUACCAACAAUUUAUUAAACUAACAGUGAAAACGCAGGCGUAUUAAACCCACACUAUAAAAACAAUUAAAAGGAAAUAAAAGGACCCCCAAAAAAGCCAACGCAACAAUACAUUUUAAUUCAACACUCAAGUUUGAACACGAAGCAACAUAAACGUGCGUUCAGCUAAACAAAACUCAGCCAGCAAAACUCUCCAGAAAUAUUAAAGAAAAAAUAAUAAAAAUUUCUUAAUUUAUUACUAAUUUGAAACAAAUAAAAUAAAUUAAAAGAACAACAGCAACAUCAAUCAGCAGCCAACCAACAAUUACAAUUAAUUAAUUAUUUUUUGGUUGAGCAACAAAAGUUUUAUGAGUAAUAGCGCCAUGGUUGCCGUAGCUAUUUGCUGUAUUCUGGUGCUACUGGCCGUUUUCAUUGUCAUCAUCAUAGUUGUGGGCCAAACAAUGGGUGAUCCAAAGUGAGAUAAGCUUCAGCUGGGACCCGGUAAUUUCCCAGAUGGAUAACAAAGGCCUACCAAUUGUUAGUACAUCCUCAAAUCCCCACCCCAAGCGCAAGAAUUAAAAAUAAAACCAAAAAAUUAAACAUCAUACAAAAAAAGACAUUUACUAAUGUUAUUAGCAAAGUGCAACCAGUGACUAGUAAUGCAUGACAUGAAUCACAUUUAAGUAAUCAACUGAAUUUAAUUAAAAUACAAACAAACAAAACCAACAUUUUUACAAAAAAAAAAAAGAAUAAUUUUUAACCCAUCGUGUCAGUAUCAAAUUGGCUGUGAUGUGUAAUUUUUUUUAAUAAAACAGUUUAAUCAAUAACAACAACAACAAAACCUUAAAAAUAUUUGAAAAAAUUUAGUGAAAACAACAAA